AUGUCUCCAGUGAAGCUUUCCUGGAGCAUGAUAGUACCAAUGUUCCUGGCCCGCUCCCGGGCGAGGCUCAGCUCGGACUUAUCUCUCGCCUCCGUCACUUGCACCAUACCAAGACCAAAAUCAGUUGACCUGACGCGAGCAUUGCUGUAUAUCAUCAGGACUGGGAAGGUAUCAACAGUGCUUCACGAGCUAAAUGUCGAGGUAGUGCCCCAGAGUGAGUGCAAUGAAGCAUACUUCGGCGACGCCCAGACAAAUCUAUUUUUCCAAGCAGAUUACCCUGAGGGCAUAACGAACAGGUUGCUGUGUGCCGGGAAAAUCAACGAUGUGUGCAGAGGCGAUUCUGGUGGUCCAUUGGUGCUGAACGAAGGUGGAAUUAUGCAGGAGGUAGGCGUGGUUAGUACAGGGUAUGGGUGUGGGGAAGCUAGAUUUCCUAGCAUCUAUACCCGCGUGGACCAAUAUACCCAGUGGAUUACAAAUGAACUCUUUAGCGGGUGUACGUAACAACGUGAGCACAUACACAUAGAUAGAUGUGCUCGCGUGUGUGUAUGUGUGUGUGAUGCGCUAGUACUGCCAUCACUUGCUAAUUUAUUUUAG